GCACUAAAAUCGUCUUUUACGCCGCUUUCGAUCUAUUUUUGCAUUUGGCAGUCUUAUUUGGCUCCAGCUUUAUUUGUCCUAUCUGUCAGUAGCCACUAGGAAAUCAAAUAAUUCGGACGUCGAAUAUACCCCCAAGACAAAUAAAAAAAAACUAAAAAAUAAUAUGCUGUAUAAAAAUUACAGCAUAAAAAUAUAUUUUAUAAAAUUGCCGUUAAAAAAACCGUUUAGCUAAAACAUUCCGUUUGUUGUGAUAUAUUUGUAUUUGUUGUUAUUUUUGUACGAAUUGUAUUUUGUUGUAUUGUAUAGGAGGUUUAUUUUGUAUGAAGAAUGGUCAUGAUAAUGAAGUACUGCGGCGAUGGCGCGUCCCUGAGCGCCGCCGGCAGCAAGCGCUCCGCCGUCUCGGCUUCGGACGCCGAGUGCUUCUCGCUGUGCCUGGGCGCCGGGCCUCUGUGGUGGUCCGAUGUCCCAGCGAACGACUCGGCACCGCCCGGAGGGGUGAACAGCGGGGCCUCGAGCCCCGCUACCCCAUCCACCCCCACCCACGACGACAACAAUCGAGACUUGUUGAGCGCGCUACUAUGGGGCAGCGCGUCCUCGCUCAGCGGCAGCGCCGAGAGCCUCUGCUCCGAGCACCCCGCGCUGCAGACGCAGCAUCAGCAAGCGGUGGUUAACAAGAUCCUGGAGCGUAAGGACCGCCAGCCCGUGAAGAUCGACUUCAAAAUCUUCCUCACUGAGAACACCGUCACCCGUUGGGAGGCUGUGGUGCAAGGCAACACCAUGUUUCUGCGUCUGCCCGGAGUGCUGCAAGCCGGCAGCAAGGAGAGUUUCAUGCUGCUGCUCGACUUCGCUGAAGAGCGCCUGCAUGUUGCUCACUGCAUAAUCUGCGUGCUGAAGUCCCGCGGCGACCGCGCCACACUCCUGCGCACCUUCAUGUUCAUGGGCUUCUCCCCCCUCCCCCCCACCGCGCCGCUGCUCCCCCCCGACGUCGCCAACCCCGACUACAUCUUCCUGCACUACAACAUGCAGUAAGCCCCGGUAUGAUUCUGUCUCCAGUCUGAAUAUACUUGGGGCAUACUGAAAAUUCCUGGACUGGCCACUUAAAUAAGUCUUCAGAAUCCAGAAAAUUUAAGUAUGGCCCACGUAUCUAGUGUGAAAUGAGUCUUGAAUUUGAUUGUGACUUCUAAAGAUCGGUUUUCCUAGCGGUGUCGCCAUAUAGCGGCCGUCUCCAUACUAAAUAAUACGGCUAAAUAUGGAUGUCGUAGUAUUUGUAUGGAGACGGCACCGCUAUCCUAGGAAACUGGAGCAUAAAGGGUCAGAAAUGCCCAAGAUUUGAUGUUGCAGGCGUUUGUAGGCUGCGUUGACCGCAUUUCAUUAUUUUUGUUGGUCAGCGACAAAAAAUGUCACAGAUAAUCGUGCAGAUCACAUCUCUCACACGACAACAUCAUUGGAAAUCUUACAAAACACAUUACUCACACAAAAUCGAUAGUCUAUAUAUGUGAAAUAACUCGUUUCUUGCGACUAGCUAUAUAAAAGUGAGUCAUUUUACAACUUCACUUUAGUGAAACUAUCAUUUAAAAAAAAUAGUCCUCAAAAAAAAGACUGCACGACAGAAUCAUACCUUUAUUAUUGUAGCAAUGCUAUACUUAAACAUGUGAGUUGUACAUACAGAGAACUAACUGCACAUCGGUGGACCUUCUGCCUUUUGUAAUAAGGUUUAUCAAUAUACAGUUAGUGUGGGCAAUGGUACCACCAGAGUCGACCAUCCAUAUAGCCUCUAGACGUCAAAACUUGCCAAUACAAAUGCAAUUUUGAUUUGUCAAAAUAAAGAUUCAAUUUAGAAUGGAACGAGAGACCUUUUUAUAGGCUCUGGGCUAGAGGAUAGAGAACCAAAAGUACCGGUUUACUUGAAUUUUGCUCAAAAAUGUUUAAGAUAGCAUUGGUCAAGGCAACUCGAAUGUAAUCCGGUUUCGGCAGUAGUGCGAUUAGUAAUAGUUGGCCUUACGGUUCUGUUGCGAUCUUAAUUAAUUUUUACCCCGACAGAAUUAUAAACACAGUAUUUUGUAAUCAUUAUAAAUGUCUUACCGGUGCCAGAUAUACAUUGAGUGAGAUGCGUAAAAUCUAAGACAAUUUCGUGCUUUAUAUUUGACAGUUAAACGAGAUGGCGCUUAAGAUCGGUUUUCCUAGGUUAGCGGUGCCGUCAUAUAGCGGCCGGCUCCAUACUAAAUAAUACGGCUAAAUAUGGAUGUCGUAGUAUUUGUAUGGAGACGGCCGCUAUAUGACGGCACCGCUAUCCUAGGAAACUAGAGCAUUAGCUCCAUAUAUUGUGCGGUAACUCUGACCGUUAAUAGUUGACGUUUGUUAAAAAUUACAAAACAUAAUAUGGCGCAGUACAGCGCCCUCUGUUUAUGGAUAUCAAACUAAGGGGCACGUUUUUUUCUUAGACUUUACCUCUCUAUUAUCAAUUCUCUUUGCCGCUCAAAAACAUUAAAACAUUUGACAGUCCGGUCAAAUCUAGUGGCCGCUUUCAUUUAAAAAAUUACAUCUUCAAAGCUUUGAGUCAAUUUUAAAAGCAUACCUUAGGUUACAACUGUGUUUAACUGUUGGGAAGAAGUUACAGUUAUCUAGAAGGCAUUGAGGUAGUAUUUUCGAUGAGCACAUUUCAAACACUUUGUCACGGCUUGCUUAGAGUAAUGGCGACAACAAGUCUUAUAUUGGUAUUUAGAUAUUAAGUAUAUAUCGAUCUUACUCGAUUGCUUGGUUUUAAAGUAUUAUAAUAAUGUUUAGGGCAGAUAUUAACAUUGGUAAUCAAUUUCAUACGUUGUAGUUUUUGAAUUAUUUUUGAUAGUGUUUGGCCUAUUUUUUUAUUUAAUUUCGAUCGAAUUAAAAACAGUAUUGUAUUUGACAAGCAAACGAGUAAAAUUGUAUUUAAUUUCUACAAAGUCAGCUUUGGAUAUAUGCUAACUUAAAAUCAUUAUUAUAUAUAUUAAAUCUGAACGAGUAGAAAUUUUAAUAAUUUCUUUAUUCAUUAUUAUUGUAAUAACAAGUAUGUAUGUCGUCGUGUAUUAUCAAUAUUCACCCUAUCCGGGAUAGUGCGAAAAAAACAAGAAAAAAUAAUAAAAAAAAAACUAAAAAAUAAAUAAAAAUCCAAAAAAAUGUUUGUAAAAAUAUUUCGAACUCACGGGAUUUUUGUACACAAUUCUGUUGACACAAACACCAGCAGUCCGAAAUAUUUUCUUUCUUUAUUAUAUAAAAUCACAUUUUUUUCCUACGCUGCGAACUAGCAAAAAUUAUUUUACUAAAAUUAACUUUUGCUAUUUAGUGGUUAAAUAAUAUAUAAAGUACUUAGCUGGUAAGUGGUUUUAUGUUAAUUCCUGUAUUUAGUAUUACGAUUAUUUCUCGCCUUUAUGAGCAUAAUUAUGUAUACAAAUACAAACCAACAAACAUAAUUUUGUGUGGGCAUACCAUGAGUAUUUCUUCAUCAUUUGUGUAUACGGGAUUAUGCUCUGGGGUAACGUAUAGAUUAUAAUUUGACAGCGUGUUCACAUUUUCAGUAUUUUUCACUAAAAGUAUUAUUCGAUCUUUGUUCUUUGUUAAAAGUGAAUAGGACACGCUGUAUGUAGAAUAACGGUAACUUUAAAUGUAUUAUUAAUUGAUAAACGAUUAAAGUAAAUCUUAAUCAA